GCUCCUUGACGAUUAGUUCGUGCCGGAGCUGCCAGGAGUAAACAUCGCAGAGCAGUUUUCCUCUGCUUCAAGACCGAUCAACUGUUUAGAUGUGACUUUGGUUCACGCGUUUCAUUUCACAAACGAACAAAGGUGAUCUCGAUCCGGGCGUGAUUGUGCUAGAUUUUCCAAUCUUUUAUAAACAAAAGGGGUUUGUGUGGUUUUUGUGUACGCGCAGAAAGGAAACCGCCAGGAAACUGCUUGAUGAACGUCGCCGAACAACGGCACGAUUCGUGAACAAUCGAUCAACGGCACGUGCGUUUUCCCCCGCAAAAAAAAAAUCAUCAACGGCAACGACCGCUCUCCACAUUUCUGGUUGGAUUAUGAUCGUUUGACGGAAGCUUCAAAAGUUGAACAAAUUUCCCUUGUGUCGCCGCCGGCGUUUCUUCGCGGAAGAUCUCAGUCCGCCGGGCCCAGCGCCUAGGACUAUCGCACGUACGGUAGUGACCUGUGGCAACGACGGCGUGCGGAUGUCACGGAAGAGUUCGCGGUGAAAUGUUGUCAUCGUAAUUUUUCACAUGCUUGUUUGGACAGUUGGACGCGAUCGCUGCCAAGCCAAAGUCGAUGGUGGUGAACCUCCCAGAUUCGGGUGGCAGAAAGUAAAAGUGUAAAAUUUAUGUACUAUUCCGAGCGUAGUGCUGAACUGUGGAAGGAGUGACAUUUUUACGACAGGAAAGAAAAGCCGGCAAUUUGUUUUCGUGUUUCAUUUUGCGCUUUACAAAGGUACUACUAAUUGGUAAGGUACCGGGGGUACGCGUAGUGUGAAUCGGUUCUGAUCGAGCGACGCAGGCGUUACAGGUUCGCGUCACGAUGGUUCAGGAAAUGCCGAGUGGCGUUCCAGAGGAGCUCUAUAAUCUCACUCAGCUGGCAGAGGUGUCAAUCGCAGCUGGAAAGCUGAACACCACGACGCUCGUACCAGGCGAACAGCCGCACCAAUAUCAACACCAUCCCUAUCCGGUUCAGUUUGGUGCCAUCAAGUACUAUACUCAGCAGCACCAACAACAUCAGCAUGAGUCAGCGGCUUAUCAUCCUUCUGUGGAAUACUAUCAUCACGCAGUUUCUUAUCACAAUCAGCUGCGAGCAAAUAGCGACGGACGGAAUGCUAAUCUAGAUAGCCCAACACUGUCGCCGCCAUCUCCAGCUCAUCAGCCACCACAAUCGUACUCGGCUACCAAGAAAAAGUGGAAAACAAACUGGGAGAUCAAUCGGAGCUUGAAAUUGCAGCAGCAACAACAACAACGGAUUAACAAGAUAAAAGAUGCAAAUGAUGGGACGGAUUUUGACGAUUCGUACGAAACAGGCAGCCGUACUUACUACACCUCGACGAUAAGGACGGUUGAUGGUGUAGGUGCGGGUGUCGGAUCGAGUCCUUCAAGACCGGGUAGCAGUAUCAGUAGCAACAGCAGUUGUGCCCAUGCUCUGACCGAGGAACAACAGUUGGUGAGAAGAAAUUCUUGCGCUUCCGAGGAAUCGGAAGACUCCAGCUAUUCGUACUCGCACAAAGUGUUUGAUAGGAAGAAAUCACGAACGCUUUCAUGGAAUAGCGGUAGCAGUUACAGUCACGGUGAAGAAAUACAGCCUCCGAAGAGCGAACGAGAUUUGUGCCGAAAAGAAUAUCCCGUAGAGUACAGAACAGAUGAGCGAGAAUAUCUGAAGGAAUUGGGUGAAGUCAGUGGCCGCAGCGGUAGCAGUGGCGAUGAAAUCGGUUCCUCAGAUGAUAUACACAGUUGUCCGGAAUGUGGCAAAAAAUAUUCAACAUCUUCAAACCUGGCCCGGCAUCGACAAACGCAUCGAUCGCUGCAGGAUAAGAAAGCCCGCCGCUGUCCUCAUUGCUCCAAGGUGUACGUUUCAAUGCCAGCCUAUUCCAUGCACGUUCGAACGCACAACCAAGGAUGCCAGUGUCCUACGUGCGGAAAGUGUUUUUCCCGUCCUUGGCUUCUGCAAGGUCACAUCCGUACUCACACAGGUGAGAAACCUUUCAAAUGCAGUGUAUGUCAAAAAGCAUUCGCCGACAAGUCAAAUCUGCGGGCGCACGUCCAAACUCACUCGAAUACGAAACCGCACUGCUGUUCUCGAUGCGGGAAGGCAUUCGCACUUAAGUCCUAUCUCUACAAGCACGAGGAUUCGUCGUGUAUGAAGAGUAAAUCCGGCAAACACCCAAAGCAAGGACACACGAAAGUUCGAAGAAAAGUCGAAAAGGAUCGAUCGUUGAGUAGUUUGGAGAAUCGACCUUACUCGAUCGGCAUCGUACAGAAUCAGCUACCGCCUGCAAGCCCUCUGGAUUUGGCCCUUCAAACCGAACUGCAGCUAAAGAAGGACGCAGUUAGAGCGAAAAUACGGGAGGUUUUGGAAGACAAUUGUAAAAAAUCAGCCCAACAGAAAGCUGCCAACGAUAACCGGAUCAGUGUCAUUCGAACGACCGCCAGUACGCACGAGGUGUACUACAGUCGGCAAGAAGAGCAUCAACGCCAGCAGCUAGAAGGCGUUCAAUCAGGAUUUGGGAGCGAGGGAAGCAGUAGCAGCUACGACUAUCCCAGAAACUAUGCCGUUAUGGCAUAGCAACCGUUGAUACUCAAACAUAUUGUUCAUUGUUGUUUAAUUGGAAUUUAACAUUUGAAGUGAAGACCGGAGCUAAAAAAUUAGUCAUCCACAUUUUGUAGAUCUGUAAGAUUUCACCCCAUGUACGGCAAGUGCCAGAGCUUGUAUUUGUCCUGUUUGUAGAAAUACUCGAAAAGAACUGUGAAUUCUAUCGUGCCUUUUUAGCAAUAGUUUGUAUUAACCGUACAGUGUACAUACUCAUCAUCAAACGUAGUAUUGGAAGUUAGUAUUAGCUGUAUAUAUUUGUCAACACUGUAAAAAACAAUCCCAGAACAAAAAUGACGAGAAACUACAGCUAGUUGUACCAAAAAAUUGAUAAUUUCGCCAAGUUUUGUCGAGCGAAAAGCAUUUAGAAACGAUUGCCAAUUUUUCUGUACAUUUUAUUUGACAGUUUCGGUGCUUUUUGUAACAAUUAGAGUUCACACUUGUAAAGUGGAUAUGUUAUAGUUAUUCUAUUUUACUUUGCCCAUUUACUUUUAUUUAAAAAAAAAAGGACGAGAACGUUCUAGUCUUUUACAGUUUAUCUUUAGUUUAUAAUUUUCAUUGUAAGCUAUCUGAUUUUGUUUUAAUUUGUAAUUAACGUGCUUUGAAAAAUCAACCAAUGAGUUAUUCUAAUCAUUUGUAUGCAUUUUGGUAGCAAUUUAAGUUUUUUUUAGUGUACUUCUCGACAAGAGAUUCUCAAGCUGAUAACAAUGGUGCCAUAACUGUAGUAGUGAUAGGUUUGUAGUAAAAGUAAAGCAGGUUAAGUUUUUCUCUUCUUUUUUCGUCAGUCAGUCGAACGAACGGCCGGACAUUGUGCAAUAUCGAGCAGUACAGCGGAAGAAAUGGCCGCGGUAGUAGUGAUAGGGACUUUGUAUGUAUUAUGACUACUAAAUGUAGUGUGUAAACUUUUAGACUAGAUUACAACUUGACAAGACUUAUUAAAAUAAAGAUUUCAAUCGCAGAAGGAACAAAAUGUUUUGUUUUG